CUCAACAGUUUUUGCAACCGGCCGAGACGGUUGUGCCUCCAGGUGGAAGGUUUUGUUCUCGAGAGAGUGACGGAGUGCGAGACGCUGUAUGCGUUUUUGUGGGAGAGAGAGAGACCAGUUUGUUAAGUGUGAGUCGACAGUUGAUACGUCGGAGGCGUGGUCAACGACAUCCUCGGUGUUUUGACAGCAAACCGCGGGUAGACGAAUUUGCCUACCGCGGUGGCAGAAAUCGACAGUGAUCGUGCCUGUACACACAGAAAAAAUAUAUUGUAUUGGUGUCGUCGGGCAAUUCUAAUCGACGAGAGGGGAAGCGUCACAGGUAGAUUCAUUUGCUCUAUUCGUCUACCGCAGAAGUGGUACGACGAAUAAGGAAAACAAGUGGCACCGAAAAGUGCCGCAUCGACAGUGGGAUUUUCGCAGCAAGCCACAGGUAGCCACAUUUGUUUACCGCGGCGGUGGAAACGGAGAGAGCGCGCUUGUGGUGGUGAUACCGACGAGCAGCUUAACCGGAGAGAGUUUUGAAGUGUUGCAGGUAGGCCUAUUUCUCUACUGAAGAAGCAACGCGACGAAGAAGGACAGCAAGUGUCACAUUGUCAAACAACGGGCACCGAGUUUACAACGUAACACAUGAGGUGUGUUCUACAGGUAAAAUGGAUGAAGAGAUGGGAGAACGAGUAACAGACCCUCCCCCUAAACCUUAUGCUGAAAAUGUAAAUCCGACUAGAAUUAAAAUUUACCCAGAGUCGUCAACGGGACCAUGGAUUGUAUUUAUUAGGCGUAAAGUAAAGGCGCUAAAUAUUAUUCAAAUUUCUAAAGAUUUGACUUCGCGAUUCUCGGAUGUAAAAGAGAUCGUCAAAGUCAAUAAAGAUAAAAUACGCAUUGUCGUUGGUAGUCUCAAACAAGCCAAUGCAAUUGCUUCUUGCGAGCUUUUUACGCGUGAGUAUAGAGCGUAUAUUCCUUCAAAGGAAAUUGAAAUUGAUGGGGUCAUCACAGAAUCGAGUUUGACUGUUGAUGACAUAAUUAAGCAUGGGGUUGGUCGUUUCAAAGACACCAUACUUAAAGACGUAAAAAUACUUGAAUGCAAGCAAUUGCAUUCAGUAUCACACGAAGGAGAUAAAAAAGUUUAUCGACUGUCUGACUCAUUUCGAGUGACUUUCGCUGGGUCUGCGCUGCCCAACUAUGUCAUUAUCGAUAAGAUUCGUCUCCCUGUUCGCCUUUUUAUUCCUCGUGUAAUGAAUUGCCUUAAUUGCAAACAGCUUGGCCACACAGCCACUUACUGUUCCAAUAAGGCACGGUGUGGCAAAUGUGGGGGUUCUCAUCAAGAGGAUAUAUGCAAUGAAAAUUCAGAAAAAUGUUUAAUGUGCGGAGAAAACUCACAUGAGCUCCCUGCAUGCCCCAUUUAUAAAUUGCGUGAGGAUAAAAUUAAACGAUCCUUGAAGGAGAGGUCUAAGCGCUCCUAUGCAGAAAUGUUGAAAAAUGCUACCCCUAAACCCAUCUUCUUAGAAAACACUUACACAUCUCUAUUUUCGGAACAGUCUGACUCUGACGGAGCGUGCGAAGGUACAUCAUUUGUUUUACCCGGAAAUUCCAGAAAAAGAAAACAGUCUUCUUUUCCCAAGCUGCCAAGAAAGGGCCUUAAAAUUUCUCCACCAAUAGAUAAACUGCACCCAAAACCGAAAAAUUCCGAUUCAAAACCGAAAUCAAUUCCGCCCGGUUUUGGGAACGUACAAUCCAAACAGAACACCAUUACUGGAAAUAAUAAAAUUUCGACUUCCUCUGAGCCUCAGCCGGGGGUAGGAUUAUUGAAAUUUUCUGAAAUUGUUGAUUGGAUUUUUAAAGCAUUCAAUAUUUCUGAACCACUAAAGAGUAUACUUUCAGCUUUCCUCCCAACAAUUAGAACAUUUUUAGAGCAGCUGAUUGCUCAAUGGCCCAUCCUUGCAGCGAUUGUAUCUUUCAAUGGGUAAUUCACCUCCUCCAAUGAAAGAUUCCAUCACUGUUUUACAGUGGAAUUGCAGAAGUAUCAUACCUAAAAUUGAUUCCUUAAAAAUUUUACUGCAUAAUUUAAAAUGCGAUGCUUUUGCUCUAUGUGAAACAUGGCUUACCUCAAACAUUAAUUUCAACUUAAAUGAUUUCAACAUUAUUCGCCUAGACCGAGACACCCCGUAUGGAGGAGUGCUUCUAGGAAUUAAAAAGUGCUAUUCUUUCUAUAGAAUUAACAUCCCCUUGUUUGCGGGCAUUGAGGCUGUAGCUGUCCAAACGAACAUUAAAGGCAAAGACAUGUCUAUCGCUUCUAUAUAUAUACCUCCCAAAGUUCAAAUUGGACAACGUCAAAUUUUUGAGGUAGUGAAAUCCAUGGCUGCUCCGCGUCUGAUACUGGGAGACUUCAACUCGCACGGAGUAUUGUGGGGUUCCCUCUACAAUGAUAAUCGAUCCUCUUUGAUAUGCAAUGUAUGUGACGAAUUUAAUAUGACAGUUUUAAAUACUGGCGAAACAACACGCAUCCCCAGACCUCCUGCACGUCCAAGUGCAUUAGAUCUAUCUCUGUGCUCGACAUCACUUCGGUUAGAUUGCACGUGGAAGGUUGUACCUGAUCCUCACGGUAGCGAUCAUUUGCCAAUCGUUGUUUCAAUUAACAGUGAAUUAGGCCUUACGAAUUCAAUCAA